AUGACGGACGAACCGACGUCCACUUUCCAGAAUCUUCAACUACUGUUCAUGGAUGUUUUGGAGUUGACCGGAUGCUCGGCUGAACUGGAAAUGACUGAAAAAUACGACUCAUUUUGGAAUCCCGAAAGUCUUGGUGUUCCUUGGCUAACAAAAAGAACUUUUUUUCGCAGUUGGGAGUUUUGUUCCGUUUGACUGAAAGGCUUCUUGACUUUUUUGAUGCAAAUUUUGAAAGCCUCUUUUCUUGAAAAACUUUCAACUGUCGAAAAAUAUCUGCUUUUUUCAAAAAUUAUUCUCUCGAAGGGAGGUUAUAAUAAUUUUUCCUUGACAUUUCGGACUCAAGGCAAAACACAGGAUUUCAACUCAAGGACUGAAACUUUUUUAUAGGAGCCGUUUUUCCCUUUUUCAAAAACUGUGCACAAAAGGUUCUAAGUUCUUUAUUUAAAGUUUAUAAACAUCCAAUGCUUUGAACAUUUUUCUAAUGUUUUUUUCAAAAAUAUUCUAGUUCUCAUCAUUACUCUAUUAACUCAAAACCGUUGCAGUUUGAACGAAGUUUCUUAGAAAAAAUUUUGCGUCUCCUUCUAAAGUAGCAAUUUUGAACCCUGAUAUCAAGUUAACAGGCACAACUCGUUUUAUCCCUUGCGAGAUCUAGAAGUUAGAUGAACCAGUUCCCUCGAGUCAGCCUGACUCAUCAUAUCGGGAAAAAAACUCCUGAUAGCGACGCAUGCUUCUGCGCCAGUUAUUUUAGUAUCGGUGAUACAGAUAAUUUUCCACCCUUUGUGCAGAGUUUUUUAAGUGGUAAAACGACAUCCCAACGCUGAAGGUUACGAAAAGGCAAGCGCCGUUCCGAGUCGAGCGCAGUACACAGCGGUGUGGCGAGCGUCCACACAUUGUCUCAAUCUUCGUGGAACAAUGUUCGCAGUUCUGCGUUGCUACUGCAAUGCCCUCAAGUACGUGUCUUUCCUAGCGUAG